AUGGAGCCCGGCAAGAAACCGCACGUUGUAUGCAUGCCGGCGGCGGCGCAGGGCCACAUAACGCCGAUGCUCAAGCUGGCCAAGAUACUCCACACCCGGGGCUUCCACGUCACCUUCGUCAACACCGAGUUCAACCAGCGUCGGCUGCUCGCCACGCGCGGGCCGGCAGCGCUAGACGGCCUCCCGGACUUCCGCUUCGCCGCCAUGUCGGAUGGGCUGCCGCCAUCCGAUGCUGAUGUCCACCAGAACAUCCCCCAAUUUUGCUACGCCGUUAUGAACACCUGCUUGCCCCACUUCACGGCACUUCUUGCCAAGCUCAAUGACGCCAGCUCUGGAGCACCGCCUGUCACAUGCAUCGUCGCUGACGGCGUCAUGUCGUUCGCCUAUGAGGCUGCAAAGGAGAUCGGCGUGCCGUGCGCCGCGCUGUGGACGUCUAGCGCCUGUGGGUUCAUGGGGUACCGCCACUCUCGCCAGCUCAUUGAGCAGGGCUUGGUUCCUUUCAAAGAUGCGGCGCAGGUCACGGACAAGGGACACCUCGACACCGUGGUGCACGGCUUCCGUGGCAUGUGUGAGGGCAUGCGGCUGCGGGACUUCCCCAGCUUCAUACGCACCACGGACCGUGAAGACGCCCUGCUGAACUUCGUCAUGACCAUGGCCGAGCGGCUAUCGCUUCCCAACGCGGUCGUGCUCAACACCUUCGAUGAGAUCGAGGGCCCAGUCCUCGACGCCAUGCGCGACAUCCUCCCGCCCAUGUAUACCAUCGGCCCGCUCCACCACUACGCUAGCCUGGUAGUUCCGGUGGGUACCACGGUCGAUGGCCUUGGGUCCAACCUUUGGAAGGAGGAGGACGACGGCCUCUUUGAGUGGCUCGACGGACAAGACGCAAACUCUGUCGUUUAUGUCAACUAUGGCAGCAUCACCGUCAUGACGAAUGAGGAGCUCCUCGAGUUCGCGUGGGGGCUCGCCGGCAGCGGCUACCCGUUCGUGUGGAACAUCCGGCCAGACCUUGUUAAGGGCAACACAGCCGUGCUACCGCCAGAAUUUAUGUCUUCCGUCAGCGGCCGCUCCAUGAUGACAACUUGGUGUGCCCAAGAAAAGGUAAUUGCUCAUGAGGCGGUAGGCGUCUUCUUGACGCACUCCGGGUGGAACUCGACCCUCGAGAGUAUCUGCGCCGGCGUGCCAAUGUUGAGUUGGCCCUUCUUCUCGGAGCAGCAAACCAACUGUCGUUACAAGUGCACCGAAUGGGGAAUUGGGAUGGAGAUUGGUGGCGAGGUGAAGAGGGUAGAGCUGGCGGAGAUGAUACAUGAGGUGAUGGAGGGGGAGAAGGGGCAUGAGAUGAGGAAGCGUUCGGCGGAGUGGAAGGAAAAGGCCGUGCGGGCGACAUUAGCAAGUGGACCUGCCGAGGCAAAUUUGGAUGCAGUGAUUAAUGAUGUACUCUUGGCAAGAUUUAACUCUCCCAAUGACGAAAAAUAA